UAUGGUGGCUGUACGAAAUUAAAACAUUUGCUUCAAUAAAUUAAAUUAUUAUUUACAUUUAAGCACCGUCUAACAUUGCUGAAAGCACAAGAACAUGCCAACGAUUGGAGUAAAACGUGAUCUGCUCUUCAAUGCACUGGGCAAGAGCUACACCGAUGACGAGUUUCAGGAGCUGUGCUUCGCCUUCGGCUUGGAGCUGGAUGAAGUGACAACGGAGAAGCAGAUGUUAACGAAGGAGCAGGGCGAUGUAGCGGCAGCCGCAGAUGCAAGCGAGGAGAUCAUCUACAGAAUUGAUAUACCAGCUAAUCGCUAUGACCUAUUGUGCUUGGAAGGUCUUGUUACUGGACUACUGGUAUUCCAGGGCAAAAUAAAGCCGCCCAAAUUCGAAUUGGUUGAGCCAAAGCAACGACAGGUGUUGAAAAUUGCGCCUUCAACGGCUCAAAUUCGUCCACAUGCUGUGGCUGCUGUACUACGAAAUGUUACAUUUACGCCAGAGUCCUAUAAUAGCUUCAUUGAUCUGCAGGACAAGCUGCAUCAGAACAUUUGCCGCAAGCGUACACUGGUGGCCAUUGGCACCCACGACUUGGACACCAUACAAGGUCCCUUUAGCUAUGAAGCUUUAGCACCGGAACAAAUUAAAUUUGCGCCGCUUAACCAAAGCCAAGAGCUAAACGGCGCUCAACUCAUGGACUUUUAUUCAACGCAUGCUCAGCUUAAGCAAUAUUUGCCUAUUAUACGCGACUCACCUGUCUACCCGGUUAUCUAUGAUGCCAAGCGUGUGGUGCUGUCGCUGCCGCCCAUCAUCAACGGCGACCAUUCAAAGAUAACGCUGGCAACCAAAAAUGUUUUCAUCGAAUGCACUGCCACGGAUUUGACCAAGGCUAAAGUGGUGCUGGACACAAUUGUAUGCCUGUUCUCCGAGCAUUGUGCACAAAAGUUUACGGUUGAGCCAUGCAAUGUGGUGCAGCCCGAUGGCACUACUGUUUCCUAUCCCGAGCUGGCGGUGCAUGAAGAGCGCAUUUCAGUGCAGAAAGCCAAUGCCUAUAUUGGCAUCAAUGAGCCGGCUGCCAAGCUGGCCGAUAUGCUGACGCGCAUGUACUUGGAGGCUCAAUUGGAUGCAAAGGACAACGAUACGCUUUGUGUAAAGAUUCCGCCCACUCGUCAUGAUGUUAUACACGCCUGUGACAUUUACGAGGACAUUGCUAUUGCCUUUGGCUAUAACAACAUUAAAAAGUCACUGCCAGCUUUUAUGCAGAUUGCCAAGCAGUUUCCAUUGAACAAGUUGACGGAGCAGCUGCGUGAGCAGGUGGCCCAGGCUGGCUUCACCGAGGCGCUUACUUUUACGCUCUGCUCACGUGACGACAUUGCACGCAAAAUGAACAAAGACAUUGAUGGCUUGCCCGCCGUGCAUAUUGGCAAUCCCAAGACAUUGGAGUUUCAGGUAGUGCGCACCACUUUGGUGUCGGGACUGCUGAAAACGUUGGUGGCCAAUCGCAAGAUGCCGCUGCCUCUGAAAUUGUUUGAGAUUAGCGAUGUGGUCAUAUCCGAUGAGAACACUGAGGUUGGAGCGCGUAACGAGCGUCGUCUGUGUGCUGUUAAUUGCAACAAGAGCGCUGGUUUUGAGGUGGUGCAUGGUCUGCUGGAUCGUGUCAUGCAACUGCUGGCGGUGCCCUGGAAGACAGGCGGCGCUGAAAAGGGUUAUUAUCUGGAAGCUACCGAGGAUCCCAGUUACUUCCCAGGACGUUGCGCUAACAUCAUGUACAACAGCGUCACCAUUGGCAAGAUAGGCGUCUUGCAUCCCAGCGUGCUGCAGGCUUUUGAGUUAACCACGCCCUGUUCUGUUGUAGAAUUCACCAUUGAGCCUUUUGUCUAAAGCAUUUUGAAUUGUUUAUAAAACUUUUCGCUCGCCCAAGCGUCUUAAAUAAAAUGUCACAAAC